AUGCAGGGAUUAGGUGAGGAGCAGGGUUCAGGUGAGGUGCAUGGAUUAGGUGAGGAGCAGGGUUCAGGUGAGGAGCAGGGUUCAGGUGAGGUGCAGGGUUUAGGUGAGGAGCAAGGUUCAGGUGAGGAGCAGGGUUCAGGUGAGGUGCAGGGAUUUGGUGAGGUGCAGGGAUUAGGUGAGGAGCAGGGUUCAGGUGAGGUGCAGGGUUUAGGUGAGGAGCAGGGUUCAGGUGAGGAGCAGGGUUUAGGUGAGGUGCAGGGAUUAGGUGAGGAGCAGGGUUCAGGUGAGGUGCAGGGAUUAGGUGAGGAGCAGGGUUCAGGUGAGGAGCAGGGUUUAGGUGAGGUGCAGGGAUUAGGUGAGGAGCAAGGUUCAGGUGAGGAGCAGGGUUCAGGUGAGGUGCAGGGAUUUGGUGAGGUGCAGGGAUUAGGUGAGGAGCAGGGUUCAGGGGAGGUGCAGGGUUCAGGUGAGGAGCAGGGUUCAGGUGAGGAGCAGGGUUCAGGUGAGGAGCAGGGUUCAGGUGAGGAGCAGGGUUCAGGUGAGGUGCAGGGAUUAGGUAAGAAGCAGGGUUCAGGUGAGGAGCAGGGUUCAGGUGAGGAGCAGGGUUCAGGUGAGGUGCAGGGAUUAGGUAGGAGCAGGGUUCAGGUGAGAACACACCGUCAGGAGCAGGGUUCAGGUGAUGAGCACGAUUCCUGUAAGGAGCAGGGCUCAAGUGCUGAGAACGGUUCCUGUAAGGAGCAGGGUUCAGGUGAUGAGCACGGUUCUGUAAAAAGCAAGGUCCUGUAA